UCUAACUGCAUUAUAACAACACACAAACACAAGUCAACGUGUACCUCCUGCUUUCUUGUUCUCUGCCAUGGCUGAUUCAAACUCGGGUGAGACAGAAACUCAUCGCUCUAGCGAUCCAAAUGGAAAGCGUGGUGGCUGGAUCACUUUACCGUUCAUACUCGGUUGUGUUUUUUUUUUUUGAAUAUUUUUUUUUUAAUGUUUUUGGAACCAAAACAUAGACAUAUGUUGAUGAUUGUGAGGUUUCUAUGUGGGGCAGUUACACUAUUAGGUAUGUCCAUCACUUCUUUUGGAUGGAUAAUGAACUUGAUCGUCUUCUUGAUUAACGAAUUCAACAUCAAGAACAUCGCUGCUGCAUAGAUUUCAAAUGUUGUCAGUGGAGUUGUCAACAUGUUGCCUGUUGUUGCAGCCAUCUUAGCCGAUUCCUUUUUCGGGAACGUUCCUAUUAUCGCUGCUUCCACUUUCAUUUCUCUGAUUGGAAUCUCUCUCUUGACCUUGAUCUCAUCUUUAGACUACUUGAGACCUAGACCGUGUGAAACAGGCUCAACCCUAUGCCAAUCGCCAUCAAAACCACAACUCGGGAUCUUGUAUGCAGCCUUAGCUCUAGUGAUUAUUGGUUCAGCUGGGACGCGGUUCACCUUGGCAUCCGCAGGUGCAAACCAAUAUAAGAAACCUAAAGAACAAGGAAGCUUCUUCAACUGGUUUUUCGUCGCACUAUAUACCGGAGCUAUUACUGGCACAGCAGCAAUUGUAUAUACACAAGACAAUGCUAGCUGGAAAUUUGGGUUCGGUCUCUGUGCCGCUGCUAAUUUGAUCAGUUCCAUCGUUUUCAUCGCUGGGAAAAGAUUCUACAAGAGUGACAAAACCUUGGGAAGUCCCUAUACAAGUCUGAUCCGAGUUUUAGUCGCUGCUACAUUGAAAAGAAAGGCUGUGAUUACAUCCAAAGAAGAAGACUAUCAUCACUCUGAUCUUGAUAAAGAGUCCAAGACUUCUGCUUCAAUCCCAUCCGACAGCUUCAGGUUCUUGAACCGUGGAGCAUUGAAGACCGAUGAAGACUCAGUUAGUAACAAAUGGAGGUUAUGUUCUGUUCAAGAAGAAGAGGAUUUCAAAACCGUUCUCCGACUUCUCCCUCUCUGGGCAGCAGAAAUGUUCCUCGCCACUCCCGUAGGGGUGCAAAUAAGCAUGACGGUCCUCCAAGCUUUGGUCAUGGACCGUGAACUUAGCCCCCACUUUAAAGUCUCUGCUGGGUCUUUACAAGUCGUAGUAUUCUUAUCUGGAUGUGUCUUUAUCAUGCUCAACAACUGGACUAUCUAUCCCGUGUACAAGAAGCUAAUCCGUAAGCCGCUGACACCGCUUCAACAAGUUGGUAUAGGCCAUGUUUUCACCAUCCUAAGCAUGGCGGUAUCAGCUCUUGUGGAAGCAAAGAGGCUGAAAACAGUUGAUGAUAAUGGCCAUCCUAUGUCAGUGCUAUGGCUGGUUCCUGCUCUCGUGCUAGUUGGAAUAGGCGAGGCUUUUCAUUUUCCAGCGAACGUUGCAGUAUUCUACGGAGAAUUCCCUGAGUCUUUGAAGAACACCGCGACUUCAUUGACUUCGGUGGUGAUUGGAAUCUCUUUUUAUUUGAGCACAGCUCUUAUUGAUGUGAUCCAAAGAACCACCGCGUGGUUACCAGAUGACAUUAACCAUGGAAGAGUUGAUAAUGUUUACUGGGUCUUAGUUAUAGGAGGAGCCUUGAAUUUUGGUUAUUUUCUUGUCUGCUCUUGGGUUUACAAAUACAGAAACCUCAAUAAUGAUGAUCAGAAACAAGAUCUUAAAGAUGUUACAACCUAAUUAAGGAGGCCACAAAAUGUUCUGCAAACUCAUUAUUGUUUGUCGUUUGUGCUUCCAUUCACCAUUUUACAACUGUGUUUUCUUUUCUGUACAUGGAACUUCUAAAAUAUAGUAUUGGUAUGCACUAGAUUUUAAUUA